AUGAUGGAACGUAAUGAAGAAUCCUUCAAUGAAUUAUACGCGGAUGCUUUUUCUGAUUGUCCGAGUGAUUGUGAAUCAAAUUGUGGUAACUGUGAAAAUGAUACUGUAUCAGAAGAUAGCGACUGUAAUAUCAGGCCACCAAAAUAUCAAAAAAGAAAUAUAAUAGCAUCAGAUAGUGACGACGAUUUGGAAGAAGAGUGGAACGAACAUGAUAUUACACCAAACUUACAGAAUUAUUUAAAUAUUCCUGGUGCAACUAUUGAAUUUGGUGACGCGCCGACUAUCAGUGAAGUAACGGCUUUAUUUUUUGAUAGUGGUUUUUUUGAUUUAGUCGUUACGCAGACCAAUUUGUACCAUUCUCAAAUGAAAGAGGUACAUAAAAUUUCUGCAAAAACGGUAUCAUGGACGGAAGUUACCACUAAUGAAAUAAAAAAAUUUCUUGGAUUACUAAUAUUGAUGGGCCAAACCAGAAAAUCUCAUUGGAGAAAUUAUUGGUUAACGGAUCCUUUAGUUGAAACACCAAUAUUUCGAUCCCUAUAUACACCCAAGCAGGAGUUAGCUCUAGACGAAGCAAUGGUACCAUACAGAGGACGCAUCAGCUUUAGGACAUACAACCCAGCGAAGAUAACAAAAUAUGGAAUUUUGAUCAGAAUGCUUUGUGAAAGUGAGAGUGGGUAUAUAUGCAACUUCGAGAUCUAUUCGGGGCAAGGCAAAAAGCUGCAAGAAACAAUAUUGUCUGUGUUGGAGCCGUAUCUUG